GGAAUCAUCUCAACACACGUCCACCCAGUUCAUUGCCGCGUAAUGAGUACGUGUUGGUAAGGCACCAAACUAAACUUCAAACGUGGCAAACAAGCAAGCAACAACGUUUUCUUUAGGAAAAGUUAGUGAGUGGCAACAAUUUCCACAUUUCACAAACAAGGUGACAACAAACCAUAGAGCUUGAAAUCGAUUAAGUGAAAACGAAAGAAAGAAAGAAAGAAUAGAUAGUAGUGAUGAGUGGAGAGGAAGAUUGGAGGAAAACGGCAGACACACACAAGAUGAGCUCAGAACAAGUGAAAGCAGCAGGUGUUGAAGGAUCAAAGGGAAAAGGUGGGAAUGUUCUUCACCAAAGAAGAUCACUACCUUUCAGUUUGAGCACAAUGGCAGUGGCAGGAUUACUCAUAACGGGUGCUGUUAGUUACUUUGUUUUGUAUGUCAAGAAGAAGCCAGAGGCCACAGCUACCGAUGUCGCUAAGGUCAAUGUUGGACUUGCAAAACCUGAGGACACACACCCAAAGAAAUAGCUACCUAUAUAUUUUUCUUCUUUUUAUUUUUUGUGAAUGUAUGCUGAACUAGCUAUACUAGUCCGUUGCCAUUUCUUGAAGACUUUCUUACCUUUUUUUGGGUUUGUACGCAA